GUAAGCUUAGAUUCCCCUCCCCAUGUAUUAUAUACAUGAAAAUGUAACCACAAUCGCAACACAACACCACCACCACCGUGAAUUCAUCGCCGCCAUGGACCUCGAAGCUGACUUCGAUUUCGCCUUCAAUCUCCAAAUCCAAGAAGCCAUCAUCGCUUCACGCGCUUUCCAACCAAACGACGUCGUCGUUCCAAACCAGCAAACCCUAAAACACAAAUCCGAAAUCAAAGACAAUGUGAUUACCGAAAUUGAAAGCAAGAGGAUGAAAUUCAGCGACGACGGCGGUGCGAGUACGUCGAAAACCAAAGAAGAAAAAGAAGUAGAGGUUUUUAGGGUUUAUUUUAAAGGAUUGGUGAGUAAGGAGAGGAUAGGUGUGAGUAAAACUAGUGUGACAUUGGCUGUGAUUGGUGUCGCGAUAUGCGAUUCGACAGACGUGUUGGUUUGUGAUAUGAAAAAGGGUGUGGAGAUUGGUGCGGGUAAUCGGGUUAGUAGACGGAGCAUUGAGGAGAUGGCGUUGAUCGAGGCGUUGAAUUAUGCGGUUUCAUUGGGUUUGAAAAGGAUUGUGCUGUGUUUUGAUUAUCAUACAUUGUAUCAAUAUGUUAGUGGGCAGUGGCAGCCGAGACAACAGAAGGUUAGAAGUAUUGUGGAUCAAGUUAAUCUCAUUAGAAAAAGCUUCACACACUGUGAGCCUUCCCUUGUUACUCAAAAAGGCGUUAAAUUUGCUCCUAAAUUAGCAAGAGAAGCGAUGAAUUAUCAGAUAGAGAAGGCUGUGGAAGCAAUCCGUAACAAACGUGAAAGUUGUGUUAUAUGUUCAGAUGAAAAACCUAUGAUUGAAUUCUUUUUAGUUGAAGGUUGUAAUCACCAAUUCUGUUAUUCUUGCAUGAAGCAACAUGCAGAGGUGAAGUUGCUAAAUGGGAUGGUGCCUAAAUGCCCUCAGGAAGAUUGUGAUACUGAGCUGAGAAUUGAACGCUGUGAAAAAUUCUUGACACCCAAGUUGACUGAGAUGAUGAGACAACAGUUAAAAGAAGCUUCAAUUCCGGUGACAGAAAAAGUUUAUUGCCCUUAUCCUAAAUGCUCCACAUUGAUGUCAAAAUCUGAACUUCUUCAACUUUCUAGCGAUAUGUAUGAGAAUGGAGCGACAUGCCAUAUCUGUUAUGGUAAGUUUUGCGUCAAUUGCAGAGUUCCAUGGCAUAGUGAUAUGAACUGUGAAGAGUAUAAGAAAAUAAAUCCUACACCACUUGUAGAAGAGUCGAAGCUUAAAAAUCUGGCAGCAAAGAAUUUGUGGCGUCAGUGCAUUAAAUGCAACCAUAUGAUAGAACUUACAACUGGUUGCAACCAUAUGACAUGCAGAUGUGGAUGUGAAUUCUGCUAUUCAUGUGGUGCGGAGUGGAAGAACAAGAAGGCAACAUGCGGUUGUCCUAUUUGGGAUGAAGGAAACAUCAUACACUCCGAGGAUGAGGAUGAGGAUCUUGAAGAAAUGGGGUUUUAGGAGUUCGUAUAAGAGUAUGCAUAUCCGUUUUAAUACGUGUAUACGGUGUGCACUCUAUAUUUACACCAUUCCUUUUUUCAAAAACCGGAAGAUUAAUACUAGUAUUUUUCUUUGACUUGCAUACCAUGGUUCUACACAAAUCAGUCCCUGACAACGUGGAUCAUGAAGAUUUGCAGAUGUGGAUAUGAAUUUCACUUUUUUUUUUUACGUUGCUGUAUUGUUAGAGAAAAGAAAAGAUUUCUAGUAUAUGUACGUUUUCCGGCCGGCGUGAGGAAAGAAACGGUUGGUUUGCUAUUUGUUUUCUUUUAUCUAAUUAUAUACUCCUUAGUUUACAUAAA